AUGCGUGCCACAAGACUUCAAAAACAAACACAAAGAAAAAACACGUUACGACAUGCGCUGACUCUAUACAAAAGUGAAGACGAACGUAAUAGACGAUUGAAUAAUGAAGCACUUAUUCCAGCAUAUCGAAGACACAAUCGAGAUUUAAUGGAAAACGAAGAAAUGCAUCAAAUUAGACUUCGUCACGAAGCGGAAAUCAAAGCCUUACAACGACAUUUGCAAGUUGAACAAGAAACUGAAGAAGAACACGGAUCAAGACUGGAUUCAAAAGCCGAAAUCGAAAAAACUGGCCGCCAAGAACAAGAACCCCUAGGGAAAAUCUUUGAUGUUUCCCUCCUGGAUCCUUGGCAGAUAUGA